AUGUCCGUCGGCGAGCCCAUCAGGCUGUCAGAGGACGACGAGGACGACGAGGUCUCCAGAAUGUCAGAGGACAGCGAGGACGACCAGCGUACCAUAUCCGCCCAUCAGUUGUCCGGCGGCGAGCGCUCCCGGCUGACAGAGGACAGCGAGGACGACGAGCGCAUCAUAUCCACCAAAGCGUCCGCCGGCGAGCUCUCCGGGUUGUCGGAGGACGACAGCGUCUGCGAGCGACCUGAGCAACACGUGUCUCUGCGCGAGGCGGCCGCGUUGGCCCUGCUCGCCAGACGGGCGGGCGGCGCUGCGAUCAAGGCACCGUCCGCUUCCAAGACGCCCUCAAGCCGGGGGGGCUCCACGCCCCGACUGCGGGCCGCGGCCGCCGCGGCCUCGGACAGCGACAGCGACGAGACCUUGCGGCAGAGGGAGGAGGCGCGGUGCCGUCGCCGGGAGCGAGAGCUCAGCCGACAGAGCUCCAAGAGAAGUCUCGUUGCUACUCCUCCAGCUAAGCGCAAAGGAGCUCGAGCGAGCACCCACGAGACUGCGGCCAUGAAUCGGACCAUCUCGAGCCCCCGACACGUCAUGGACGUCCCCCCGGCCCCUGUCGCCGCCUCCACCUCGGACUCGGGGGUGGAGGGCGAUCGCCACGCUGUCAGGAGGAGCAAGAGUGUCGAGGCCGUGCCGGUUGUCUCGGCGAGCGGGCCACAGUGCAGCCAGCCGCCACCGCCACCCCCUCGGGCGUACGACCAGACGACUGACGAUGAAGUCCCUCCGGCGAGGCGAACUUUCAUAUCACCUCCUCCGAGACACCGCGCGCCCUCUACAACCACAGAGACCUCAACCAAAACCAGCAGUUCCACGCACCCGACGUCCGAGCCUCCCAGCUCCAUAACCACCAGCGUUUCUACGCUCACUCAUCCGUUGUCCGAGGCCGCCAGCUCGGAGCAAGAGCAGGAGCACGGCGAAAGCAGCAGCGCUCUACUCCAGGCACAACCGAAGCCCAGGGUGCCGAGGAUGAGCAUCAGUGACAUCAGGGUGCUAUGUGGCGCAGGCCACCAUCCCAUACAGCAACCCACCCAUAGACCCGCCCAGGGCCCAGCCCAAGGCCCAGCUCAUGGCCCAGCCCAUGGCCCAGCCCAAGGCCCCGCCGAGGGCCCCGCCAGCGUGGUGCACCAGGCGCCAGCCCACACUGCUCCAACCAGACACAGCGUCUCUAGGGUGGCCUUGGGACCGCAGCAAGGACGCCGCCGUCCCGGGGAUAGGAGCACGCCGUCGGAGGAGAGGGUCGUGGCCACUGGACAGGAGCGCCGCGGGUCCAGGAAGAGAAGCACGCCGUCGGAGGAGAGGGUCGUGGCCACUGGAAAGGAGCGCCGCGGGUCCAGGAAGAGAAGCACGCCGUCGGAGGAGAGGGUCGUGGCCACUGGAAAGGAGCGCCGCGGGUCCGGGAAGAGAAGCACGCCGUCGGAGGAGAGGGUCGUGGCCACUGGACAGGAGCGUCGCGGGUCUGGGAAGAGAAGCACGCCGUCAACCGGGGAAAGAAGCACCACGACACGGCGAAAGACAAGCGUGAGCCUCGAAAGAAUCAGAACCCACACAGUGGAUGAGCAAGACAGCGAUUCCUACUCCGACUCCGACCUCGAGGGUCUCGAUCUGGACAGAGCCCCGAGUUCCGUCUCAGCUGUGUCUGUGGCUUCGUCUCGUCAGAGUAUCGGCGUGGAUGUGGUGCUUGGCACUCGCGCGUUCCGCCGGCCUCAGCUGCCCCCAUCCCGCACCAACGACGCCCCGGACAAGGAGAACAUCUACCCUCCCGUCAAGGCUAAAAGAAAGCACGGUCCAGGCGAUGGCGACUUG